AUGUAUUACCUCAAACCCGGCAUUAAAAAGGGUUCUUUAACCUUGAAAGAACAAUCUUUAGUCAUUUCUUUACAAGCCAAGUAUGGCAACAAGUGGAAAAAGAUUGCCAGUGAAGUCCCCGGAAGAACGGCGAAAAGACUCGGCAAGUGGUGGGAAGUUUUUAAGGAGAAACAGUCGAAACAAUUGCAUAAGCAAAGAAGAGAGUAUUCGGAUCAAGAAGGGAAUGUUAUUCAAGUCACUUCGGCGUUGGUUUUGUCACCAGAAAAGGUUGCUCAGUGGAGUACGUUCAUACCGGGUCAACAAGUGGGCACUUUGAUACAAUACUGUAAGGAGCUUGAAGAGGGUAAGCAAAGCUGGCUGCAACACAAGAAGGAAGCGACAUGGAGACUAAGUAGAUUGGAGCAGCAACUAGAGUCUGAGAAAGCGAGGAAGAGAAGAGGUGUUUAG